AUGAAAGAUCUCUCUCUCUUCUUCCUCAAGAAAUACUCUAUUGCCUCGAAAAUGCGAGGAAGAGGUCCACGAAGCGGCUUCGGGAGCUCUUGUGGCGGAGAUGACUCGACCUCUACACUAAACCAACAUGAAAAGAAUGAUGUAGGCCUUUCGGCUGCUCCUGAAAACACUCCUUUUAGUGGAGGGUCGCCAAGAACGCUAGAGGAGAUGAUACUUCAGCUAGAGGUUGAAGAAGAUAUUGUUCGAAGAGCUAGACUUCGUGAAUCUUACUACGGUACUUAUGAUAAUUACGAUGAUGAUGAUCAAGAUGAUGAUACGUUAUAUCAUCAGCCCGUUCGGAUGUCAUGCGUUAACAGUUCCGAUAUUUUGAGGUCUGCGAGGAACGCACUGAAUCAGUAUCCACGUUUCUCGCUGGACGGUAAGGAUGCAAUGUACCGGUCAUCAUUCCGGCGCCAGCUUGGUACCAGUGUUGAUCUGACGAUACAAGGUGGACGGAAAUCCCACUGCGGGGACCAACGGACAUCAAAGAGAUCAAGUCAGGUGAGCUUGGAGACAAAACGGUUGCCUCGGACGGUGGCUGGAGAAAGUGUAAUUUGGUGCAAGACAGGGGUGGUUGCAAAGCUGAUGGGGCUGGAGAUGAUACCUGUUCCGGUCAAGGGGAAAAAGGGAAAAGAUAAGCUAGGGACUCUGCUCAAAAGAGAGCGUCUAAGGAGGAGAGAACGGACAUUGGACAUUAAUGGUCGGAUCGGUCCGAUGACUGAAGCUUCUUGCUCGUCCGGAGGGUUUAACAUGAUGAAACCGACAAGAGCGGUUGGGUCGCCUAGUCGUGUGGGUGGAUGGCCCACAGUCCCGUUCCCUUAGAGUUACGUUACAAAACUAGCCUUCAGAAACCUUCAUGUU